AUGCGGGAUCUCCGUCGCCAGGCUCUCGAGAGCAAAAAGACCGUUUCUCGCAAGGCGCAGAGCCGCGAGGCCUCUCGUGCUACAUCUCGCACAAAUUCCGCCCACAACUCCCGUCCUUCCUCCCGGAAUGCGAGCAGACAUCCGUCGGAUGAUGAGGAUGGUGAGAGUGAAGGUACCGCUUACAGCACCCCGUCGCUCGAUGAGUACUUCCCCUCCGCAAACGACGAGGAGACGACGGCUUCUUCCGAAUCCUGGCAAGCAGACCUAGAAGACGUGAUCAGGGACUUCAACGACCGCAAACGCAGCAGCGUCCUUAGCCGCGAGGACGCCCUGACCGCCUACGUCCGCAUCCUGACAUCCCACUACGUCGAGGAAGCCCUGCCCGACUUCAACGAACUGCUCGCCUCUUUCGCGAAGAGCAUCAAGUCCGAGUCCAGCGAGAAGGAGACCGUCCUCGCCCUGAAAGCAGUGAGCCUCACGGUGUUGACAUUCCUCGAUGAAUCCAUCUACGACCAGAUGGUCUCCGUCCUCCGACGGACCAUCACAGACUCCCCCAGCAUGCCCAUCAAAGCCGCCGCCAUCCACUGCCUGGGCGCCUGCACCUUCUUCGGCGGCGCCGGUGAGGACGAGAUCCUCGAGCAGAUGAACUUCCUGCUCGAGAUCGUCUCGUCGGACGGCCACUACGUCAACGCGGGCGACGAUGCGGAUGUCGUCACGGCUGCGCUGGAGGAGUGGGGGUUCCUCGCGACGGAAGUCGAGGACCUCGAACACGAGAGUGAGGACGCUAUCGAGGCGUUCGUGGAGCAGCUGGAGAGCAGCGAAGCAUCCGUGCAGAUUGCAGCGGGCGAGAAUAUCGCCCUGCUGUACGAGAAGAGCUACACCCCGCUGGAGGAAGGGGAGUCAAUCGACGACGGCGAGGACGAGGGGAACAACGAGUUCUCGGACGGGGAAGGGGCCUCGUCGCUGCUCUUAUCCGACGACGAGGAUGCCGGCAGCGGCGGCGUGGACAACGGCCCCCCUCUAAUCAAGCGCUACAACCCCUACCACAACACGCCGCGGAUCCUCCGCCAGGUCGACGCGCUCGCCAACGUGUCCGGCCGCCACAUCAACAAGAAGUCCAAGCGCUCGCUGCACGCCAACUUCUCCUCGAUCCUGACCACGAUCGCCAACCCGCGCCGCGGCCCGCAGUACAGCAGGGCCAUCGACAACGAGACGUCCCGCCAGUAUGGCACGCGCAAGACGGUGAAGAUCCACCAGGAUGCGUCCAUGAAGCUGGACCGCUGGUGGAAGUGGCUGCGGCUGGCGGCCCUGCGGCGGCUGCUGAGAUGGGGUUUUGUGACGCAUUAUUUCGAGGGGAGCAGAGGGGUUUUGGAGUGUUUGCCGGUCAUGGUGAGACCGGUGGUGAAGAGGAAGGUGAAGGGGAUGGAUGGUGGUGGUAGUAGUAGUAGUAGUAGUGGGGGUGGAGGUGGGAAGAAGGGCGGGAGGCGGAAAGGAGUUGAAAUGUUUUGA